AGCUCGCAGUAGCUGCAAUGCCUCCCACUCUCCGGUUCACUCCAUCUCCAUGAUUUCCGUGGGAAGCGCCGCGGAGCCUCUAUGGCAGACUUUCAGGAACUGAGGAAGCGUCAGAAACGACCCACCGAGAAGUAUUAACUUCUCAGUUUUCUCGCGUUUCCCAACUCUGAUUCACACUACUCGCACUCGAAUUUGUCGAUUUAUCGCCUCGUUCAGCUUGUUUAACUCAGGAAACCGUGUGUUUUCUGGGGCUGUUGCGAUGGCCGGUGGCGGCGGGGUGUCGCCGCUGGGGCUAGCGCCUCCGUUGUGGUAUCACCGGGACCUGAGUCGAGCUGCUGCCGAGGAACUACUGGCCCGAGCGGGACGAGACGGGAGUUUCCUGGUUCGGGACAGCGAAAGUGUUAACGGGGCGUACGCCUUGUGUGUGCUGUUUCAGAAGCAUGUCCACACCUAUAGGGUUCUCCCAGAUGAAGAGGGAUUCUUGGCAGUCCAGACGUCUCAGGGGGUGCAGCCAAAGCGGUUUAAGAGCCUCCCAGAGCUGGUCCUGUUGUACCUCCAGCCCAGCCAGGGACUGGUCAGCACUCUACUGUACCCCGUAGACAGAGAGGAGAGCAUCCCAGAGGACAGGGACUACUCAGAUGGGGAAGAUGAGAAGCCGCCCCUUCCUCCUCGUUCCGCCUCCACCUCCACGACACCUACAGGCUCCGCCCCGGAGACACCAACCGACAGCGCCCCUGCUGCUAACGGCCUGAGCACCAUUUCCCAUGAGUAUCUGAAGGGAAGCUACGCUCUGGACCUGCAGGCUGUCAAACAGGGAGCCAGCUCUCUGCCCCACCUCAACAAGACACUGGUGUCCUCCUGCAAACGCCUCAACGGGGAGGUGGAUAAGGUUCUGUCUGGGCUGGAGAUCCUGUCCAAGGUGUUUGACCAACAGAGUGCCUUCAUGGUGUCCAAGAUGAUACAGCAGUCGGUGAAUCAGGGAGGAGAUCAGGAGUUGGAGAAUCUGGUCACUAAACUGGCUAUCCUCAAAGACCUACUGUCUUCUAUAGAGAAGAAGGCUCUGAAGGCCGUGCAGGAUUUGAGUGUGUCCACUCUCUCCUCUCUUCCUCCUCUCACACGCCACAGCAAAACCAUCCCCGUACAGGCUUUUGAGGUGAAGUUGGAUGUGUACCUGGCAGACCUGACUAAAAUAGGGAAGAGUCAGAAGCACAGUCUGUCUGUGGAUGUGGAGGGAGGGAUGCUUGUGGUGAUGAAGAAGAUGAAGGACAACCAGGAGGACUGGAACACCUUCACACACCACAAGAUCCGUCAGCUGAUCAAGUCUCAACGUGUUCAGAACAAGCUGGGCAUCGUGUUUGAGAAGGACAAGGAGAAGAGCCAGAGGAAAGACUUCAUCUUCGCCAGUGCUAAGGCUGUGAAGAAAUACAUUAAACAAUAUGGCAAUUCCACGGUAACGAAGUGA